CACACUACACAAAAGCAAGUCCCCGUUUGAUGAGGAAGAUGACCAGCGCACAAAAUAACAAUCAUACACACUCGGGCCGGUCGCGAGUGCGGUAAUGUCACAGUUUUGACACUGGAGAAGUACUGACUUUUCGGAAAAGUCUUUUCCGUUCUGAAAAGUGGAACUGUAUACUGUUUGCACCCAAGCUUCUUUCACUAAGUUAAGAAUUAUUUGCACAUGCUUCUGGACAAUUUGUACACAGAAUGCAUAUGAAGUUCAUUAAGUUGAACGUCUGGACUCUGUCUGAGCUCGAGAGCUGAGGAGGUCAUCUUGCUCGGAUUUGUUUUCCAUCUGCACCAAAAUAGGGAAGAGAAGUGCGGUCAGCUUGGUGCAAUUUGCAAGAACUGGGAGCAUUUGAUAAUUAUUUCUCUUUAUGGGAAAUAACUCUAGCAAGAGAAGGUCCCACAAUAAACCAAGCAGCCCUGAACAUCCACCUACCAGUGGAAGGAAGCGCUCUCUUAAGCCAGAUCUGGCAGCAGGAGACGCAGAGAAUCCUGUCCCUGAGGAAGACGUACAACCCCCUCAUCGUGUCAAUGAGGAGACAAAAGAAAGGUUAUUGAAUCCACCAGGUCCAAAAGGCCAAAUAGAUGCUCAUAUGCAUAAAUCAUCGGAUGGAAAAGGAAGCAAAGGGACAGGCUAUGAGAUGAAAGCUGAACAUCGGGAAGACGAGGCCAGUUACGUUGAGAUCUCACAGGUGGAGCUCUCUGGUGAGAGGGAAGAGCCUAGACCUGAACGAGAUAGGUUUAGAGGCAGUUACAGACGCAGUGGCAAAUUCAAACGUAUCAUGUCAUCUCUAUCUCCACAAGAAGCUGCAACUAUGUCAGGCAAUGAGAGCAAGAUGGAAAGUACUAUCCAUUUAGCUAAUGAUGUCAUCCAAAGAAUGAGAAGUGAAGAUUGUGAGAAGGUUGUAGAAGCCACCCAACAGCUAUACCGCAUGGUAGAUGAUGCAUGGAGUACUCCUAGGUAUGGCCGGGAUCUAGCAUACAGCAUCAGUGACAAUCUACGCACUGAAGGAGGGUUAGACAUACUCCUCGCAAACUGUAAAUCAGAUGACAAGGCUCUGCAGGUGAACUCUGCACGCCUCCUGGAGCAAGUCAUGACAGCUGAUAACAGAGAUUAUGUCGUUAAGCAUGGCCUGGAAUCUGUUGUUAAAUUGGCUUGUUCUCGUAAGGAGCCUACUCUUCUCCAGAUUGGAAUGGGCCUUCUUGAAAAUCUCUUCAAGCAUUCUGAAGAAACUUGCACCAAAGUGACAGAUCGAGGUGGCUUGACUGCAGUUUUGUAUACAUGCCGCAUGAGUGAUAGUAUUACACUGCGCCACUGUGCCGCAGCGUUAGCCAACUGUGCUAUGUAUGGGGGUCCUGCCAACCAGCAGAGGAUGGUUGACCAGCGUGCCUCUGAGUGGCUGUUCCCGUUAGCUUUCAGUACAGAUCACAGUAUUCGUUACUAUGCCUGUCUUGCUGUUGCUGUCCUCUCAGCCAAUCAGGAUAUCGAAAAAUGCGUUGUGAACUCUGGCACUCUAGACCUGGUGGAGCCGUUUGUUACAACGCAUGACCCCUUAACCUUUGCUAAGAGUGACAAGGCUCAUUCACAAGGAAGGUCAGAGCAGUGGUUACUUCACCUGAUGCCAUUGUUAGACAGUACAAGAAGAGAAGCACAAUGUCUGGCUGCAUUUCAUUUUGCAAUGGAAGCAGCCAUAAAGAAGGAACAAGGCAGACACAAGGUAUUCCAUGACAUUUUGGUGAUUCCUGCUCUACGCCGAGUUGCUUCCUCCAACAAUGAAAUUGCAUCCAAGCUCUGUAUCCAGGCCCUACGUACAAUUGGUGAAGAAAUCCCUGCUAAGCUCUCCUUCAACAUAUCCUGCUGGUCAGUCAAAGAAGUCCAAAUGUGGGUCAAGAAUAUUGGCUUUGUCAAUUUCUGCCCUGCAUUUGAGCGUCAUAAGGUUGAUGGAGAUUUACUGUUAACAAUCACAGAGGCUGAGUUGCAACUGGAUAUUGAGAUGGACAGUAGUCUGCUUAAACGCAGGUUUUUGCGUGAGUUAGCCCGCCUCAAGUCUAACUCUAACAGCGGAGAUCGUGAGCUUGGUGAUUGGCUAAAGAGCCUAGGUCCUGAAUACCCACAAUAUACCCACAAUCUUGUGCAUUGUGGGAUAGACUUCAGUCUGUUACCCUUUAUAUCAGAUGAUCAUCUGAAGAUUGAUGCAGGAAUCACUAAUGGAGUCCAUCGCAUGAAGAUACUAUGGGCCAUCAGACCACAAGGAAUGAAGCUUUUGAAGCAAAGUGUGAAAGCAAGCACGCCUGAUGCCAACAAUCACGUGUUUCCAUGGCUGAAGGACCCCCCACGCAAAUCACAUGUAGACAAUGGAGGUGAGAAGUAUCCUAAAGUGUUUGAUAGUCCUACUCCUACAUGUGGGCUGUCUAUACCUGCUAUUAUAUCAGAUCAAACUGACAAUCGUAGCAAUCCCAAAUAUCUAGAUGUCUUUAUCAGUUACAGGAGAGCUACAGGAUCACUCUUGGCUAGUUUACUAAAGGUUCAUCUUCAGCUGCGAGGUUUCAGUGUCUUCAUUGAUGUAGAGAAACUAGAAGCUGGCAAGUUUGACAACAAUCUGCUUAAGAGUGUCCGUCAUGCACAGAACUUUGUCUUGGUUCUAUCUUCAGGGAGUCUAGAUAGAUGCUUUGGAGAUAGUGAUCGCAAGGACUGGGUACAUAGGGAGAUUGCAGCAGCCAUUGAAAGCAAAUGUAACAUCGUUCCUGUACUCGAUAACUUCAGAUGGCCUAAACCUGAACAACUACCUGACGACAUGAAAAACAUCAUCUUCUUUAAUGGCAUCAAAUGGAUACAUGACUACCAGGAUGCUUGUAUUGAUAAACUAGAGAGAUUCCUACAUGGUGAGGAGAAUACUGGACGUCUAGAUUUGGAUCAGUUAGCUCAAGAAGGAUUAGGGGGCUCAGAGGGAUUAGGAAGCCAUGGAUCUAGAAAGGCUAGUAGAGAUAGUAAAGAGAGUACUGGUAGUGUAUCCCAUCCACAUGAUGCAUGAACUAUAUAUACCCAACAUCACACAAUUCCCAAUGGAGUAACUGGUAUUGGGAAUUGAAACACAACCUCAAAUACGCUUAGGGUUUGAAAAUUGCACCUUGGUGUAGUGAUGGCAGCAGACUUUACCAUUGUGUUCUAUUAAAUACAGUGCAAUAUACUCCAUAUUUAUGUGUAUGUAAAGAAUCAAAUAGUAGUACAUCAGCAUCCACCAGGAAUGAAAUAAAUGCAUUAGUCAUAACCACUCUGGCUGUAUUUGCCAUGGACUGAUUGUGGGAACAUGGCAAAGAUAAGCUUAAAACUCUCCGAUAUGGGCCCAAUUUAAGAGAGUUGGUUUAGCACCAAAUUUUGCUUAAGCAAAAAAUCCUUGCUUAGUAAGUUACCAGCUGUUCGCACUUGGACUUAAUAUCGACAAGUUAACAUUUUGUUUGCAGUAAGUUAACCAUUUUUAGGCCAAUGGGAACAUGGCUUAAUAGUGUAAGGGUAUUGUGCGUUCAGAGCACCAGGGGCUGGUUUCACAAAGAGCCAAGAUUGAUCGUAACUGCAAAUCAAUCGUAGUUGCUUAGUAAAGUGUGAUAUCACAAUGGUCUUGCGAUGGAUUUUAUUGCUUUGUGAAAUCUACCCCUUUCUAUGGCUGAAGGUACCAGCAGCAGAACCAAAAAACGCUAGGCAGAUAUUUUCUGCUAGUAGAAAAAAAAGAGAACCACAUCAAACCAAAUACAUGCUAUUCUAGCUACUUAGCAACAUUUGACAGUUAUUAGCAAAAAAGUGUGAUUUACAACUCUUUAGAUUUCUAUUUCAACUGUUGAAGUAAAAUCAUUAAUUGCUAUUGUUGUUGGGUAUUCUUGAUAUCAGGCAAGUGUGCUUUAAUAAAUGCCAUGUACAUAUACAUGACCAAGAGAUGUUAUAGGACUGAGAACAUGACUAACUUUAACCCAAUGCUUUUCAAAAACAGUUCUGAAAUGAUAAUUAUUAUAUUUUAUUUGGUCUUACAAGGAAAGGUAUGAGAGAUGAGUUGUUCUGAAUUACUAUUCUAAUUGAGUGUUCAAACGAGCUAAUUAGCAGAACCUGUUGGUAUGCUUGUCAAGCUACAUGUACAUGUACAUAUUUAUUUCUUAUGAGGACUAUUUUAAAGUGUGUGCAAUGUGUUCUAAAUGUUAACUGAAUUUUGUUAAUUGUUUUUGUAUUUAUACGUUGAGAGUAAAUAUUACCACAGCCUGGAAUUAGUGCUAUCUGGAUUGUAGCUACAUGUAUUUGAAUCCCAUCUAAUAGCUAUACCUGAAUGAGAAACCAUUGGCCAUACAGUGAUUAGAAAUACAACUAUUGAAUGUUAUGACCCUAAUUAACAAGAAGUUUAAUUGUUUCAAGAGGUUUGCAACCUUGAUAGGCACUCUAUGUCUUCAUGUAUGGCUAGGAAACAAGCUCAUUAAGUUCAUCAUUAGUAAGCAGCAGCCAGAAAUAGUUGAACAACAUUUCUUUGUGUUUGUCAAGUUUGUAAUGUGGUGCAAUUACUCAAAUCUUGACAUGGUGAAAAUGAAAAGAUGUGCAUACUACAGAAAUAAGCUUUGUGUUGUGCCCUGACUCCUAUUCAAUGUCGUGUGUGGCUUUAGUACACAUUAUUAUCAUUUAGUUUGCAUUAUCACAUUUUUGCUGAAAUGAAGUUCAGUGUGCAUAUGUACAGCUUUUAUCAGUGACCUCUUGCUGCGGUUACCAUUUUUAUUUUGUACUUAUUUCUUUAUUUUUCUUUUUAUUUUGUUUCUCAUAAUCAGCUAGAAACACCCAAACCUAUGAAAUACCAAAACCUUUAAGUGUUAGGGUUUCUUGAUAGUGUUCCGGGUUGAUCAUUCCUCAUUAGUAUUCCUUCAAAUUGCACAUUUGUCCACUAAAAAUCUUAUAGUUUUUAAUGUUUUUUUUGUAUGGUUUGCUUGGAAACACAUCACAUUUGCUGAGGUAGUUUUGCUAUUUGUUUUUAAAAUCUUGUCAUCUAAAGUUAAGGUCAACAUCGGAGUGUAACUUUUUGAAAUUAUGGUCAGGCAGUAAAAUAUUGUUGAUACAGUAUCUACUUAUUGUUAACAUUCUAGAAUAGAUGACUCCAUAACAUUCUAGAAUAGAUGAUACCAUAACAUUCUAGAAUAGAUGAUACCAUAACAGCUUUUAUGGUGUCAGGAAACAGAGAAUUGAGAAUUAUGCCAAAUAUGAAAUGAAUUGUAACCAACUGACAUGCUUUGCCAUUUUUGUGUUGUAUAUCUGAUUGAAACACAGGCUUUCAGGUUUUGGUUAAAGAUCUCAGGGUAUCAUACAACACAGUAAUAUAUUACAAUCCUCACAAGCUAUUGUCACAUCUGUACAUGAUGUGCGAAUGAGACGUUCAUUGUCACUGUAUAUGUUGAAUAUUAAGAAUGUGACAGAAUUUGCCUAACUGCAUGAAGGUGAACAAAGUUUAAGUAUAGAAUAUUUAAUUUGUAAGACUACCAUGUUGCUAUGCCAGUGUGUUCUCAAUUCAAAGGUUAACAUUUUAAGCUUAAUAUCUUUCUAGAAGUCAAGCUGUCUGUAUCCAAAGGAUUUGAACUGGGUUUUAAGUUUUGUAUGAAUAUUCAAAUAUACAGGUAUAUAUGUUUUGGAACGGAUUCAGAAACUUUUUGGACUAAAUGUUCAUAAAAAGAUUGUAUAAUAUAUUCAUUCCACUUUUAAAGUAUGGUGUAAUAAGUGUACUUAUUUACUUGUAUUAUUGGUGUGUGCUGUUGCUUUCAGCAGGUUAUUCCAUUUGUAAAUGUGUUGUCAUUCAACUACAAAGCUAUAUGAAAUAUGUUAAGCUUGGUUUCGCAUUAUACUUGAUAACUGUGGUCUUGCCUUUUGCAAACUCCUCAGUACAUUUUUUGGUCUGAAAUAUUUCAUUGGAAUUGUAUCUGGUGUAGGAAAAUCAGUGCUAUGUUGUUGCGUUUAGACUGUACAUAAAUAAUGCAUGGAGGUGAUAAGUGGUGAAUGUCACAUUUUUUUUUUGUAAUACCAAGUAAUUAACCAGUAGGGAAACUGACUGGGAUGUCAAAAUGAGAACAAUUUCCAUGUUGGUUGUUAUACUAUUAACUUGAACAGACUUGAAUAUUAACAGACUUGUAGUUACUAUUACUCACCAUUUGAUUCUCCUCAAAAUGAGACAUUUAGGAAAAAAUAUCCCACAAGACUUAUUAUUUAAAAUAAAAACACCAACAUAUUAUUUCAAACUUGCAUAAGCCUACCAUUCGUAAUCCCUUUUUAAGCAGAAAGUUGUACACCAAUAACUCUAGAGGCUUGAGAAGUACACCAUGCCUUAACCUAAGAAGCAUUCAAGUCACCUGGAAGUGGUAUUUUGUCAAAACAAAGCUUUUGUCACUAAAAAAUGCGUUUUGAUGAGUGGAAUAU